CCCAUCCCAUGUUAUCGGCCUCCUCUUGCCUUUGCCUCUGACCCUUCCUCGUUCAAACCGACAUGGCAUCGUGGUUGAAGGCCUCAACAUGGGAGCUUGAGCCUGAUGCCGGAGAUCCCGCAGGCAAGGGAUGGAGCAACAAGGAUAUGGAGCCUGUCCCUCCGCAUUUGCGGACUUGGUCGUCGUUCAACUAUGUCAUGUAUUGGGUAUCAGAUGCCACCAACGUUGCUGUCUGGGAGCUCGCGUCCUCCAUGAUCGCUAUCGGACUCUCAUGGCGUCAAGCUCUCCCUGCUAUUGCCCUUGGUCACAUUAUCAUUUCUGUGGUGAUGGUUGCCAACGGCACGAUAGGAGCACGACUGCACGUCCCGUUCCCGGUGCUGAACCGCAGCUCUUUUGGGUUUUACUUCUCCUACUUCUCAGUCAUCAGCCGAGUGGUGCUGAGCAUGUUCUGGUUCGGCAUCCAAACGUACACGGGCAGCGAGUGCGUGUAUCAAAUGCUGAAAGCGAUAUGGCCAUCUCUCGCGCACCUGCACAACGACCUCCCUGCUGGUGCUAACAUAACGACUUCAGGCACGUUUCUUAUAUGUGGUUCGUUUGUACUAUCUCAAAUUUCUUCGUGGCAAACAGGAAUGAUGUGCUACUUCCUGUACUGGCUCAUUCAAUUCCCGCUCAUGCUGGUCUCACCCCAAAAGAUUCGCUACCUCUUCACUGCCAAGGGCAUCAUCGUCCCCUGUGCCUGGCUUGCCAUGUUAAUCUGGUCCUUCAUCAAGGUACCUUCUGAAUCUUCCGAAGGAUUGUUCGCGCAACGUAGCAGCCUGCACGGAUCCAAACUAUCUUGGGCUUGGCUGAGUGCGCUGAACUCUGCGCUUGGGAUAUACUCGACGUUAGCUGUCAAUAUUCCUGAUUUCACACGAUACGCAAAGGAUGAGCGAGCGCAAUACAUCCAGUUAGGGAUUAUCCCCGUUGCUUUCACUUUUUGCGGUUUCAUCGGCAUGGCCGUCACCAGCGCGGGCAUCCACCUCUACGGUGAGGUUCUAUGGGACCCGCUUCGACUUAUCGACAAAUGGGACAACCGCGCUGCGGCCUUCUUCGCCUCCUUCGCUUUCGUCCUGGCCACUCUCGGUACCAACAUAUCUGCAAACUCGCUUUCUGCUGGCAACGAUAUGGCCGCUCUUCUCCCCAAGUACAUCAACAUCCGACGCGGACAGGUGAUCUGCGCUAUCCUUGGAGGAUGGGCCCUGGCGCCUUGGGAGAUCCUGGCCAAUGCGACGGGAUUCUUAAGCUUCAUGAAUGGGUAUACCGUAUUCCUGGGGCCGUUCGCAGGAAUCAUGGUGACAGACUACUGGCUCAUCCAUCGCUGCAAGGUUGACGUACCGGCGAUGUACCUGCCGCAGGGCCGCUAUCGCUACAUAGGCGGUGUUAACUGGCGGGCAGCGUUGGCACUCCUCUGCUCGGUCCCACCGACGAUGCCAGGAUUGAUUAACUCUAUAAACACGAACAUCAAUGUGGGGAAUGCGGUACACCUCUUCGAUAUCGCCUGGCUCUUUGGGUUCGUUGUUGCAUCCGUGGUUUACUAUGCUGCUUCUACGUUCUUCCCGGCUAAGGAGACGUACCUCGAGGAGGCCAUCUACGUCCUGUACGAUGAAGAGAAGGACGGGACCCCGUCGGCGGAUAACGACGAAGAGAAGUCACAAGAAGGGGAGGUCGAGAAGUUCAUGCCUACGUCGCAGGUUUCUACCCGUAUGGUCUGAAACCGAAGUGCCGUGUUCAUCUCCAGAGUUCGAGGACCGUCUUAGGAACAGGUGGAUAGAACGAAUCUUAUAAGAUGUGUGGUCCGUCAAUGUGACAUGAUAUAUCUUAUCGUCGAUGAGGAAUGAAUGACUACAUGGCGAUUCUUGGAGUGACGGAGGUGUUAGCCGCGAUCUUUUGCCUAUAUUCCUUCUGCGCAUGGCGCAUCCCCUGGAGUAGACGUGUGAUAACAUCCCGAAUAGUAGUUGAUAGGUGUCUGCCGAGAUUCUCCGGCGUGGUU